AUGACUUCCGUGGACAGCAAAGUCUACCGCCUGCGGGGGAUCCCUGAGCACCUGGAUCGACUUGGAGUGGCUCUUCUUCUCAGCAGAUUUAUUCCUGACGGCGAUCAGAGAGAUGUCAAUGUAGCCUCGCUGGCUCUCAGUUGCGAGAUAUGGGCUAGAACACGCACCAAGACGGCGACACUGUCGUUUAAGAAGCUUCCAGAUGUUGUCAGCAGGGACCCGGCGGCGGGUGAAUGGCUACUGCGGGAUCUUACGUGGGAAAAACCACUUCUGCUCGAUGAUAGCUUUUUCGGACUAUCACCUCUCAACGAUGUCCCGGAAUACGAGCAUCACUAUGACUGCAUCGUAAUGUCGGGACUUGCGAGCCACCCGAUUGGUUCAUGGCAGCCAUAUGGGAGAGACAAGUCGUUCAUGUGGAUUCGAGACGCUCUCCCACAUCUUGUUCCGAAGAUCAAGUUCAUUCUGUAUGGAUAUGACACGAAACUAGCAGGAAGCAAGUCGUUUCAAACAGUGCCAGAUAUUGCCUUGACCUUCAUUCAUACCCUUCAACAAGGCGGAUGGGCUACACCUGGCUCUAGAAAGCUCAUCUUCUUUGCCCAUAGCCUUGGAGGUAUUAUUUUGAAGGAAGCAUUUCGCAUGUUAGCCGAUAGCAGUGUAAGGGAUGAAUUGAUCCUUACCCGCACCCGGGGGGCGAUCUUCUUUGGAGUUCCAAGUCAAGGUCUAGACGUCUCUGAUCUGCAGAUCAUGUUGCAAGGGCAGCCAAACAAGGAUUCCCUUGUUAAAGAAAUCUCGAAGGAAUCGCGCUUCAUCGAGACACUAGAGGAACAGUUUUCAGGGAUCUCUCAUCUCCAGAAAAUGAAAUUGCUCUGGGCGUACGAAACGGAAACAACGCCUACUGUAAUGACCGUUGACGGAAAAUAUCAGAGAUCUGGGCCUGGAACUGUUUUCGUAUCCCCACUCUCUGCAACAAGCCAACGCUGCAACUUUGACUCGGGCUCAACGAUACAAAUAAAUGCCAAUCACUCUGAUAUGGUUAAAUUCUCUGCAGGAAGCGAGUUAAUCGACCGAAUUGCAUUUAAACUGCAAGCCAUGCUUAAAAUUCAUGUUGAAAAAGGCGACGAAGGAGGAAGUGGACCAACGGUCACAAAGACAACACUCUUUCAAAGUAAUAUCCUGCCAGCUGACGCCGUGGUGGAUCAUGUCGACCCUACUGUCGAUCCAGAGUUCUGGGACAUCUCCGUCGUACAGGCAAUUCACAGCCCUGAACGUGACAGCCGAUUGGAGCAAAUUGACGAAGCAGCUGGCCACUCUUUCACAUGGGCUUUUGAAAAAGCGUCUGUUGGCUUAACCAGCUGGCUACAAAAUGACGAGAAGCUGUUCUGGAUAUCCGGGAAGCCGGCGUCUGGCAAGUCUACGUUUAUGAAAUAUCUCCACAACAAUCCGCUCACCGCAGAGUACCUACGCAUAUGGCAUCGCAAUGUUAAUUUUGUCCGAGCAACAUUCUUCUUCCACCAUCGUGGUACUGCGAUCCAGAAGUCGCUUGAAGGUCUUCACCGCGGAAUCUUGAGCCAGGUUCUGAGGCAGGCCCCUCAGUCAUUCCUGGCUAUGCAACCGCAUCUUACGCAAGCAUAUCAAGCUGCCAUACAUGCAAAUAAUCUUGGGAGCCUUUCUCAUGAUCUGGAGACUAUGAUUAAAUACUGCAAUGUUAAUCUGGAUGCCGAAAUAUUGACGCAAUUUCACAAGGUUUUACGUUGUGAGAUGCCUCUAAAAGCCUUUCGUACAAUGGUCCUCCAACCCAUGGUAUCCAUGGGGGCGACCGACGAUGAAGAUCUUAUACACCAAAUUUAUCUCCGUCAAGAUGUCUUAAUGGAGGCGCAGUAUAAAGACAAAUUCAAUGUGUCCGGUGAUUUUUCUACUGUGGAGAGCAUUCUCUCCGAAAUCGAAACGCAAUGGGCAACAAAUGAAGAGAUCAUCUCACUAGUCAAAGGAUGGCUCGAAGCAAUCGAAAUAACCACGCAACUGUCAAUCUUUAAAGAUAUUUUGAUGGCUCGAAGAUUGAACGAAUCUUACAAAGCCCAGAAUACAAAAGUCCAGCCUGAAGACAUGAUAAAAGAGAUGCUUGUCAGCUGGAGUCUACAGCAGCUCAGUCAUGCAAUCACUCUUGUUACAGAUCAACAGUUGAUUGACUUGAAUCUUUGCCUUUUUAUCGAUGCUCUAGAUGAGCACGACGGCCCGCCAGAAUUUAUCGCUCAAUUCAUCAAGGAUAUUGCUUCUACUGAAAGAACUCGUACUCGACUGAAAAUCCUCUUCUCUAGCCGACCCUGGCAGCCGUUUAUCGACGCAUUUGGACACAGUCCUGGCAUUCAAAUCCAUGAAUUUACUGAAAAUGACAUUCGAGAGCUUUGUUUACAUACGAUACGCCCUGACAAACCAGGUUCAGCGGAGAUAAUACAGUUGGUCGAGGAGAUUGUCAAACAGGCUCGAGGUGUCUUCUUAUGGGCUAGACUGGUGCUGAAUGAUCUCGUGGAAAACGCUGCCAGAUUGACUGCAUCCGGACAAAAUACUGUGGAUCUUCAUGCAACGCUCAGAGACGUCCUCAAGUCGCUACCCACCGAUUUAGAGCAAUACUAUAGGACUAUUAUUGAAAGAAUACCUUAUUCAUACCGCUGGGAGGCAUUUUGCUUGCUCGAGGUUGUCAGCAAAUCGACAGAACGAAUAUAUCUCAGGGAGAUGUCGGAUGUCCUCGUAUGCGCCAAUGCCCAAAACAUUAAUGACAUUUACUCGCAGAGAUCUCGUAGACGGAAAGGCAACGCAAGUCGCUACACCAAGGAGCAUCUCAGAGCACACACGGGUGGCUUGAUUGAAACCAUUGAUGAGAAUCAUCAGCUUCAGUUGUUGCAUCAAACCCUUGCCGAGUUUGUUCAGCUCCCAGAAUUUAAAUGUAUCGUCCUUGGAGAGAGAUAUCGAAUUGUGAAGGAGAAUGGGUAUACAAUACUCUCGAAAUAUAAAGUUAUGCGACAUGCAUUCUAUUCUAAUAGCGGCAUCAAAGUACCGGUGAACGAGACAUUAGUACAUUAUGUACGGGAAGCAGAGUCAACAACAGGGAACAGCAUGUAUUUCUUGUUUAGAGGUAUCAUAUGGGAUGGAACUAGAGAAAACAUAUGGACUGGAACUGGAGAAAACAAUGUUCUCCCAAAGUAUUUGAUACUUGCGUCUUUCACAACGCUGGAGGUGGCUCUUGCGUGCAGCCUCAAGUUGCUUCUACAAGACACCCUGAAGCACGAUAAGGAGACGAGAACGAUGUUUAUCUUUCCCAUUGUUGCACAUAUGAUUGAGCAAGAAGUAGUCGAUAUAGGUGGCGCUAUAGAUUUGCUUCGAGAUAUGGUCGCCCAAGGACUGCAAGUCUACUCAAGUCAUUUCAGUUUGCUCAUAUUGAUGGACCGACUACACCAUACGACUUCCUGGACAAACACAUUCAUUGACUUUGUCCAGAGAGUAAUGACUGCCUUUUUUGAGCCAGGAGCCAAUAUCGAAAUCAAUAUGGACACCUCCAACAUUGCCCUCACUAGCAGCCAUUUUGAUGAAUUGAUGCUGUCUCAUGGACGCGGCGGUACUAUCCAGGCUCUCCAUAUACCUACCCAUUACCGAAUUACAAAACAUCUCUUGGACAGAGGCGCCGAUCCCAAUGGAAUGACUUCGAGAAAUAUGACGCCGCUCGACUGUUGGGUGCGGAGAACUCAAACCUAUGUCGCCUAUCAUCGCGAACGCGCAGUUGCGUCUGCCUUGAUUCGCCGCGGAGGGCGUCUCAACGUUUCCACCAGACAGGAGUGGGAGAUGUCAUUACAGGCCACCAUGCAUCCCAGUUUCAAAAUGUCUCCCGGUUAUUACGAAUUGUCAUUUCCAGGAUGGCUUGAG